UUUCUUUUCCUGGGUACUUCGCCUCCAUCAUUCAAAUCCCCUAAUCACAUUAUCUGAACCAAAGUUGGAGGCCUCCACUUAUUCAACUGAACUGUCAUCAUUGACAGUUGAUUUACCAGAACACAUGAGCAACGGCGAACUUGACGACUCGAGUAAAAUUAAAGUCCUGAAGCAACAGGUUUAUAGUCUUCAGCAUGAUAUUGCCGAAAAGGACGCCUUGCUCACCACAGUACAGGAACAACUCGGUCGACACCCAAACCAAAUAAACGGUACAAUACAGAAUGAAUCUACUACUGGAAGGGUUAUUGAGAAGUUACAAGCGGAAAUUGAUUACUUAAAGAAAGAGCUUGCGGAAACAAAAACUCAAAUUCAUACUUCCAAGGUGGCCCGCGAGAGAUCAGAAAGACAAGUACAAGAACAUUUGGCAUCACACCAAACCUUAAGACUCGAGAUUGAUUCUUUGAAACGAAUGCUUGAAAGGAAGGAAAGGCAAACCAAAGAAUUGGAGGAGUCAUCAAAAGAAAUUGAGAAAAAAAAUUCAGAUAUGAAGUUUGAACGUGAUAAUGCUAAUACAAGACUCCGUCAAUCCGAGUUGAGAGUAUCAGAUUUAGAGCGAAAAUUACAAGAGGCUUUGGCCGCCAAAGAAAAAGCAGAAUAUGAAUAUAAGCUUCUGUCUAAGGAAAUGCAAAAUUUUAAAACUCGAUACACAAAAGACGUCGAGAUUGUCAAGAAUGAAUUUAAGACUCUCCGCGAAGAAAUGAGUUCAACUUCACGACAAUUGGAGGAUGUGGUUCUAAUGACUAGUGUUCGUAUUGAAGAAUUGACAACGGAACGUAAAGAUGAAUUAAGCAAUUUAGAGUCGACGCAUUCAAAGUUGCAAGAAAAUCAAGAAAAAUGUGUUGCGAAACUGUUGGGUGAGAUUGAAGCCAUGAAGAAGGAUGUACAAUCUUCGAGUCAGAGAACUAAUGAGUAUUCCGAACAAAUAGCAAGAAUGAAAGGUGAAAUAACGGGAAAAUUAAAUUGGUUGAAGCGUAUCGAAAAAGUACAAUCAUGA